AUGCCCAAGGCCAAUGGCGACCCGAGCUCGAGGACCGCGAUAAAGCGUGGCAGUUUAGGGACGCCAAAACCGACUUGGAAAUCAUCGGUGCCGAACUCUUUACGCCGUUUGCUGGGAGCAGAAAACGUCACGCGUAAGAUAUAUAUAUUGCCUGGCAACGUUCCGGAAGAUGGUCCUUUGCAUUUCCCAGCAAAGGCGUCUCUACAGAAGCAUGCGUACCCUAAACAAAUAUCCCAGGAAGUCACGGCUGAUAUUAUCUGUUCUCGUAUUCUGACGCCAGAGUAUAGAGACCGCUUUGCCAUGGAUUCCCUGCGAACAACCGACCGGGCUGCAUAUCGCACGUAUGGCAGUGCGCACGACUAUGCACAAGAUGCUGUGUACUUCUACGCUCAGCAACGGUAUUCCAAGACCACUGUCUGGUCCAGUGGACACGGCAAUGACGGGCUCCUGACUUGGCUUGGUGAUUUCGUCCUCGAAUUCCCGAUCUUAUUGACUAAUUUCCUGUUCUUAAUCCCCCCCGAUUCGACUUUUGCUGAUAAGUACUUUUUGGGACAUUUGAACGGGUUCGGGAAGGUGCUGGCUUCAUGUCAAGGAUAUUGGUAA